CCCGUCAUCUUCUUCCUCUCUACCGCCCGUUCAUCUUCUUCAUCGUUCCAUACGCAGGAUCCGGUCCACUACAACAGCGAUAAUGGCUCCUCUUUCGCUUCUCCCGCCGCCACGCUAGAUCGCUCGUGGUUUGUGUCCGAGAACUUGACCGAACCCUAAUGGAUCUAAUACUUCCUCGAGCUCCACCCUUCUUCCCAAAACUCAACCCUCGAUCUGUCACCUCUAUCGCCGCUGCGUCAAUGACCUUUGUUUCUCGCCGGCGCCUUCGUUUUGAUUUUCACUAUGGUUGUUGAUUUAGAUUAGGGUUUGAAUUUGGGGCUUUGAUUGGGUAAGAAAAUGCAGAAGAGGGGGUCGUUUCCCGGCUAAAGAUGUCAUCGCUUGACUCCCACGAUCAAGACGACGUUCUGGUGAGGGAUGUCGAUGGGAUUGAUGAUUUAGCCGUCUGCGUCAGCCUUGAAGAUCAACAGGUUACUUUUCUUCUCCGCCUGCCAUCCCCCGCUCCAUCUUUAUCCCAUCAGAUUGCCGAUUUUGAUUCUCUCCCCCCGAAAUCAUCGCCCUUACCCUCACCUCCAGCUGUUGGUCAACGAUUGCUUUCCCUGCUUCUGCUCGACUACUAUUCAGGUGACACCGGGCAGAAUUUUGAAGGUCAGGAUUGGGGGAUUGAAGAUUGAAAUUAGCUCGGGUGGAAGAGGAACGAAGACGAUAAGGGAAAAAUUGACUUAAUAAAUUUUUUUAUUGUAGUUGGUCGCUGGAAGCGGUAGAGGAAGAAUGGUGGUGGUUGCCGGAAAAAUGUAAAAGUUUUUUAUUGUUAUUUUUUAAAUUAUUCCUUAAGCCAUGGAUUUUGAGACAAUAAGAGGUUUUUUUUUAU